AUGGCUUCCAGUUUGGUGAACACAAGUAACUUCCCACUCAAUGACACUCUCUGUUCCAUUCACCAUCCCUCCUCGGCCACAAGAGUGGUUCUGUCAUUGUUCUACAUGGUCCUCUUGGUCAUUGGUGCCUUUGGGAACAUUCUCGCCAUCUAUAUCACCUCUCAAAAGAAGAAGAUGAACUCAACAGAUCUCUACUUGAUCAACUUGGCUGUGUCUGAUGUCCUUUUUACCCUGGCUCUACCGGGAAAGAUCAUCUAUUACGUCUUAGACUUCAAUUGGCCUUUUAGUGACUGGUUCUGUAGGGUGACCGCAUUUGUGUUCUACGUGAACACCUAUGGGAGUGUCUACCUCAUGACAUGCAUAAGCAUAGAUCGCUAUAUUGCUGUGGUCCAUGCCAACGAGGGUCACAGAUUCCGCCAUGCUGGCUGGGCAAAGUACAUCUCUGUAGUGGUCUGGGGGGUGGCAGCCCUGCAGACAAUUCCACUGCUCUUUGUGCCUUUGACCAAGAGGAUAGGAGAUAAGUUGAGCUGCAUGGAGUACACCAGCGUUGAAAGGAUUCUUAGCCUGCCCUUUCUACUCCUGGGGGGCUGUGCCCUAGGCUUUUUUGGGCCAGUAGGGAUCAUAUUAUUUUGUUAUGUGAAAAUCACCUUAAAGCUAUGCAGGAUAGCUCAAGAAAACUCAGUGAUGAGCAAGAACAGUCAUCAUAAGAAGGCCUGUCUAGUUAUUCUGCUGGUGCUGAUGGCGGUGAUCCUAUGCUUUAGUCCUUACCACUUCAAUAUUAUCCAGUUUGUGAUUAAAGAACUGCUUUAUCAGUCUACCUGCACUGAGCAGAAGGCUUUUAAGGUUUCUCUUCAAGUCACGGUGUGUUUUAUGAACAUGAACUGUUGUAUUGACCCCAUAAUUUACUUCUUUGCAUCCCAAGGCUAUAAGAAACAGUUCCUCAGGAUUUUUAAACCCAGAAUUUCAGCAUCCGUCUCUUCUACUGGAAAAACCUCUUCAGAAACAAACAGCCACAACCAUGGGGGAGACUCUGUGCUGGGUUAG